AUGGCUGGUAAUGCAUCUCUUUCCACUGCUCUAUCAGUUCUACCCAUUGCUCGUAUCUCAUCUCUUCAUGCCCUCUUAGCUAUUGCUGCUGCUAGUAAAUGGGAUCUUUUUCAGAGGGAUGUUAAAAAUGCUUUCCUUAAUGGGGGUCUGAGUGAAGAAGUCUAUAUGCAACCUCCUCUUGGUCUUUCUGUUGAAUCAAACAAGGGGUCCCUUCCAGAUGACUUGUUUAAUCUGCAAAACAUAAAGAUCAUAGACAUCGGCAACAAUGCUUUUGUUGGGUCCAUCAACAUCAAAGUUCCAAAAGAUUUGGCUAAUUGUACUUCCCUUCAACAUCUCUCUUUUGAUGAAAAUAGUUUGUCAGGGAGUUUGCCUGAGAGUCUCUUCCAGCUGAAAAAUCUUAGUGAAUUGAAUCUUCAGGGUAAUAGCAUAUUUGGGUCACUGAGUAAUGGAAUUGGUAACCUCUCUGACCUUGUUAAACUGGAUAUCUCCUCUAAUUUGUUCUCUGGAGUUCUUCCAGACAUUUUUAUGAGACUAGCAAGGCUUGAGCAAUUCUCAGUCAUGUCAAAUUUAUUCACUGGUCAUUUGCCUACUUCUUUACUAAACUCCCCAUCACUUCAAAGGAAUUUAAGUUUGUUGGGCCUUUCAAAGAACUUUGAUAAUGAACAAAUUCCAAAUGAUGUGAAUCUGGAAUUCAAAAAUAUCAACAGUCUAAUUCUUCCCAAUAGUCAACUCAGAGGUCCAAUCCCGGAAUGGUUGAGUCGUUGCCACAAGUUGCAGUUUUUGGAUUUGUCUUGGAAUCAUUUGGGUGGAAACAUACCAUCAUGGUUCGGAAAGUUUGAAUCUCUCUUUUACUUGGAUUUGUCAUAUAACUCUCUCAAAGGUGAAAUUCCAAAGAGUUUGGUUGAACUUCGGAGCCUAAUAAGUGGGAAGGUCACAAUAGAAGAGCCUGUGCCAAGCUUUGAAAUUUACUCUGUUGGACUAGUUGGACCAAGCUUGUGUUAUAGGCAAAUUUUAAGCUUUCGACCAACUAUAGACCUGAGUUACAACAUUCUCCAAGGCCCAAUCUGGCCAGGUUUAGGGAACUUGAAAAUGCUUCAUGUUUUGAAUUUGAAAGAGAAUAAAUUUUCAGGCCCUAUUCCAAAUAAUUUAUCAGGCAUGACAGGCUUGGAAAAACUUGAUUUGUCUCACAGCAAACUAUCAGGAGAGAUACCUCAUUCAUUGAUUGAUCUUAGCUUUUUGUCAAAUUUCAAGGUAUCCUAUAAUCAGCUGUGUGGGAAAAUUCCUCAAGGAAGCCAGUUCGAUACUUUUCUGAAUACAAGCUUUGAGGGAAACAAUGGUCUUUGUUAUGCAGAGUGUACUUGCCAGUCUGAACAAAUUCCUAUUCUUUCUAUAAGGGAGAGAAAAAGGACAAUCAUUGGUCUACCAUCUAUAAUUGGAGCUGCAACAAGUUUUGUUCUUACUGUCAUAUGUUGCUUCAUGUCUGGAUUGGCACUGCCAAAGCUGCACAAAAGGAAGUACAUAAGAUUUGUAACCUCUUAA